ACCCAGCAAAGCCCUAACCCCAAAAAAGUGCAGAAGAACUGAAGAAGAAGAAGACGACGAUCACGAAGAAGAAGAAGAAGAAGAAGAAGAAGAAGAGAGAGAGAGAGAGAAAGAGAUGGGUAAAAUACCUCCAGCGGUUAGAACAGUUCCAUUUCCAGCAUCAUCUCUACUCAAGAACCGUCAAGCUGUCGUACAAUCUGAAAUCCCAAACCCACUUCCCAAACCCCAUCGCUUCCCCAACAAAACCCCCAAGAAAAAUCCCCCCCAAACCCCUAAACUUCCAACAAUCUCAUUCACCUCCCCUAGCCUCUCCGACGCCAAAACCCUCUUCAACUCCCUCAUCAACUCCACCCCAGCCGACCUAAAAUUCCACAACUCCCUCCUCCAAUCCUACGCCGCCGUGUCGUCGCUCGACGAUGCAACCUCUCUCCUCCGUCACAUGAACAAGACCCACGCCGCCUUCUCCCCAGACCACUCCACUUACCAAGUCCUCCUCACCAAAUCCUGCUACUCACCCGAUCCCAACCUCGCCGCCGUCCGGAAAACCCUAACCCUGAUGGCCGCCGAGGGUUUCCCACCAGAUAAGGCCACCACAGACGUUGCUGUACGCUCCCUGUGCAACGCGGGCCGCCUUGAGCACGCCGUGGAAUUGGUAAAAGAAUUCUGCCUCAAAAACUCCCCUCCAGAUUCAGUUACUUAUAAUUUCCUUAUCAAGCAUUUGUGUAGGACUAGGACUGUGAGUAGUGUUAAUGGUUUUAUUAAGGAAAUGAGAGAGAGUUUUGCAUUAAAGCCGGACCUUGUUUCAUACACGAUCUUGAUCGACAAUGUGUGUAAUAGAAAGAAUCUAAGGGAAGCGACCCGGUUGUUGGGGUUGUUGAGUGAGGACGGGUUUAAGCCGGAUUGCUACGUGUAUAAUAUUGUAAUGAAGGGUUAUUGUAUGUUGAGUCAAGGUAGUGAGGUUUUGUGGGUUUACAAGAAAAUGAAGGAAGAAGGCGUGGAGCCUGAUAUGGUGACUUACAAUACUUUGAUUUUCGGGUUGUCCAAGUCGGGGAGAGUUAAGGAAGCUAGGAAGUUUUUGGGUGUUAUGGCGGAAAUGGGUCUUUCUCCGGAUGAGGUUACGUACACGUCUUUGAUGAAUGGGAUGUGUAGGGAGGGGAAUGCUUCGGGCGCGUUGGAGUUGUUGGAAGAGAUGGAAGCAAAGGGUUGUAGUCCAAAUUCGUGCACUUAUAACACUUUGCUUCAUGGGUUAUGUAAGGCUAAGUUGUUGGGGAAAGCAAUUGAAUUGUAUGGUGUGAUGAAAGCAGGAGAUGUGAAGCUGGAGACAGGAUCUUACGGGACUUUUCUGAGGACGCUUUGUAGGAAUGGUAGGGUUGCUGAGGCUUAUGAAGUAUUUGAUUAUGCAGUGGAGAGUAAGAGUUUGAAAGAUGUUGUUGCUUACUCGACAUUGGAAAGUAUUCUGAAGUGGCUGAAGAAAGCUAAAGAGCAAGGACUUGCUGUUUAAUUGGCUUCUAUUCAUCUGAAAUGGGGAACAGAGCAAUUCGGCCAUCGCUUCAGAUUCACGUGACCACAUCUGAAAUGGGGAACUGAGCAAUUCAGCCAUCCAUUUGGAUCGACUUCUGAGCUGGAAAACCGAGCAAUUCAGCCAUACGGUUGGAUGCACACCAGUUAAGUUGCAGUCAAGCAUUGAAUGCUAUUAGAAGGUGUGCUGCGGCCAUGGCAUUCCGACGGUUGGGGUCUUUAUAGUCCUUAAUCAGCUUUCGGCUUGUAGUCCUCUAUCAGCUCCUCUUAAAGUCAUCAGACUGGUUCUUUUACCCAUUUUUUGGCUUGUCUUAUGGCGGCAUGGCGUUAUGAAGGCAAUAUUUGUCUUUUCUGUUUCUUAUUACAACUCCUGAAAAUUGGAGUUUGGAAAUUGUGAUAGAUUUAGCAUUUCUCGUAAUGCAGUGUACCAUUUCCCAAUGAAUUUUCUAGAAUGUGAAUUCACUGUACCAUUAAUUCACUGAUUAUAGGCCUUGCAGAAUUCUGUGAUGAAGUUGUGUAAGUAAUACUAUGUCAAUUAUUUGUA